AUGUAUUUAUUACUACAACUGCAAUUACGCCACUUUCGACGCAAAUCUUUGGCAUCCCGACCAGUCAGACAGAGUCACACUGAGCAAGCCCAAUCCCCAGAUUCUUCAUACAUCUCGCAUAUCUCGCCAUCGCCGAGGGGCUCCAGUUUCUGCAACCUCGCCCUUGCUCUAUCUGGCCUCGGAACUUGUUGGCAUUAUCGAGUUCACGGCGCUAUCCUCAACUUGCAAACUCUACAGUGCCCCUCAUUCACUCCGAGAUCGGAAUGGCUGCACAAAAUUUACAGAACGGCGCUCAGCCGAAGUACGGUCAAAAGAACCCAAACGCAGCCUGAGAACCCGUUUGCUGCCUUGAUUCCGGAGCAGCAAUUCGCUGUCAUCCCCAAGUUCACCCUUGAAUCCGGUGUUACUCUUUACAACGUGCCUGUGGCAUACACCACAAGAGGCAAGCUCUCGCCCAACGGCGACAAUGCCAUGGUCAUAUGCCAUGCCUUGACUGGCAGCGCUGAUGUCGGUGACUGGUGGGGACCCCUUCUCGGAGGGCCCGGCAGAGCUUUCGACACAUCGCGGUUCUUCAUCGUCUGUAUGAACGCCUUGGGAAGUCCCUACGGCACUGCGAGUCCGGUUACUGCCAAGGACGGAGACCCGUCGAAGGGCAGAUACGGCCCCGAGUUUCCCUUGACCACAAUCCGCGACGAUGUCAACCUUCACAAGCUCCUCUUGGACGAUUUGGGCGUCAAGCAAGUUGCCGCAGUCAUCGGUGGGUCACUGGGCGGCAUGUUUGUGUUGGAAUGGGCGUAUUUUGGCAAGGAGUAUAUCCGAUGCGUCGUGCCCAUCGCAACAUCGAGCAGGCAUAGCGCAUGGGGGAUCAGCUGGGGCGAGGCUCAACGGCAGAGCAUCUACGCCGAUCCGAAGUACGACGACGGCUACUACUCUUUUAACGACCCCCCGUCGACUGGUCUCGGCGCCGCCCGCAUGUCUGCCCUCUUGACCUACCGCAGCCGCAACUCGUUUGAGUCGCGGUUCGGACGCAACAUCCCCGACCCUUCUAGACGGCAAACGAUCCGCGAGAGGCCCAGACCCAGCACGCCGUCGGAAGCGCACUUCCACAUCCACAACGACGGCCACAACGUCAAGCGCGGCAGCCUGUCGCGUCAGAACAGCCAGGGCAGCGCGUCGAGGACGCCGGUAGAGAGCACGACGGCCGAGGCGGUCACCGAGGCGCUCGACCCUCAAUUCCACGGCCCGCAGACCGAAAGCCUGACCGGGGGUGACAAGCUCCCGACGUCGACCUAUUUCUCGGCGCAGUCCUACCUGCGUUACCAGGGUCAGAAGUUCGUCAAGCGUUUCGACAGCAAUUGCUACAUCGCCAUGACAAGGAAGCUGGAUACCCACGACGUGUCCCGGGACCGUGCCGCGACCAUCGCUGAGGCCUUGGCGUUGAUCGAGCAGCCCACCCUGGUCCUGGGCAUCGAGAGCGACGGGCUCUUCACGUUUGCGGAGCAGGAAGAGAUUGCGGAGCACGUCAAGGACGCCAGGCUCGAGCGGAUCGACAGCCCCGAGGGCCACGACGCGUUCCUGCUCCAGUUCGAGCAGGUGAACCGCUAUGUCUUGGACUUUUUGAAGCAGACGCUGCCGGACAUCAUGGACAAGAAGGGCGAGGAGGUCGAAGAGGUCGGUAUCGGCCAGUUGACCAAGAGCAGCACCUUUGGAGAGGCCGAAGUGGAGGACAUCACCGCGUGGUAAGACGACCACGGCCACGACCACGACCACGACCACGGGGACAGGGCGCGGUGAAACCGGUUGGUCUCGGCGUAUGGCCGGGAGGGGUGGUUUUUGCGUGCUUGCUUGUUUUGUUUCAACAUGACUGGAGUCUUUUCAACAACUCAGCGAUACAGAUAUGGGAAAUAGACGGGGGGGAAUGGAAAUUGGAUCUUGCGGCACUGCUAUCCGAUGACGUGAAGCCUGGUUUCGGGGAGAGAUAUGUCCGGAAUGAGAGGCACAUGGUAAGAAAAUGCCGCACUACCGAACGAAUGCUCCGUGGAUCAGCUCAUUUCGGCGACGGAAGACGGGAGAUGACGGUGUCGGUCGUCGGUCAGCGGACUAGCCAUUGGCGAGCGGUUUUUCUUGCCAUCUUCUAUGCCCAAGCAUCGGGCUAUGCUUGAUCCCUCACAACCAGCAAAGCAGAUGCCGUCGCCGUCUGGAUGAACGGCAGACCUUGCUGCCAAUUGUGGCCAUGAACAAAGGCUAUUCUCGGCCGUUGCUCGGUCCUCAAUGGGGCAAUCUGACCCUUCGAUCUGGGCUUCCACUCGGCGUACAUCGUACGAAACCGAUACGACUAUAUUACUUAAGUAAUCCUGUGUGAAGCAGUGGGGGAAAAUGACAGGGGGUCGCGUCUUCGGGGAGGCUCGCCGUAGAGAUCACGAACAACACUCCUUUUACAGUGAAAGGCCCAGGAACCCCAGCUCUCGAUUCUCGUCCGUCCAGAGCAGAGCAGUUGGCACAAGCGGGAGUGCGACAACGAACUAGGCGCAGGUUCGGACAGUCAAGAAAGACGGUGAUGAGCGCACGGGUAAAAA